AUGUUAAAUGAAAUGAACACUGUUCGUGAAAAUGAAAUUAUGACCAAAAUAAUACAGUGUGAUAAAUCUUCAACUUUACGUGAUUUAUGCAUUCAUUACCAUUAUAAUUUUCAGAAUAGAAAACUUGAAUAUGAUGUACUUGAAUUUCAAUCACUUGGACUUGUUCCUCAGGCAUUAGUUGGCGAACGAAUCGUUGAACAAAUCAAAAGAACUUGCCUAUAUGGUGAAUGGUGGUGCUUGGCGCAUAACGUUUCAAAUGACAGAGAUCUAUUAUUUACAAUUGACAUAUUACGUAAACAAGGAACAUCAUUUUGUACCAUCGAACAAUGUCGACCAAGAAUAAAGCAGUACAUUGACAAGUGUGAUCAAUUAUCAGAAAAUAUCUCGAUCACCAUGAGUAUUAUGCCGUUACUUUGCACUAUUCAUCAACAAAAUAUUGCAUCUCAAGAUUGUUUCGAAGAAAUUGCAAAACUUUUACAUGUAGUCUACGCCUCUUGGCGUCAGAUUCAGAUUACUAAAACUUGUACUUCAAUGUCACCUCGAAUAGGAAUCGAUGAGGCUGCGCCAUUACCAGAUUGCCAUGAACAAACUUCUGUGACAGCAUUAUCCUGGUAUACAAAUACCAAUACGGAUGAAUUAUGCGAUUCAACGUUUCAGAAUACAUCAAAAUCAAUAAUUGAGUCACACAUAUCCUAUGAUGCUUUAUAUCAUUUUCUUCAACAAAAACCAGUGUAUAUUGGACUGGUAGUUAUUUUAAUAGCAAGUUUUAUCAGUUUAAUUGUUUUACUCUUAUAUUGCAUAAACAAAACUGGUAGUGAAUCGUUACAUAUUCGUCGACCUGGUGAUUCCUACGACUAUUCACGCUUACAAAAUCCAUCGUUUGAACCUAAUAAUGCUUUUGAAGAGACAUCAUUAAAUAGCACGAUGCCCGAUACAGCGCAUGGUCAACGUUCAGAAUAUCAACGAUUAUUAAAUGUUGAAACCUAA